AUGGAUUCGAGCAUGUAUACUCAGUGGGUGCAAUCCAAUCUGCCAGAGCCGCCCCAACACGUCCAGCACCAUCUGCAGCAUGACGCCCGCCCCCAUCCGUCCCUCGUCGACGACUGGAACAAGGACCGCUCGGCACAGCUGGCACAGUCGUCUUCCGCCGGCGUCUCUUCUCCCUCUUUGACCUCGCCCACAAUCGACAUGAACGAUUUCACGACGUUGGGGGACCUAGGAGCCACCGCAUCCUCCAUCCUUUCUGCAUCGCCCCAAGCGUUCUACAGCCAAUAUGUCAAUCCCUCCUUCCUCAUGCAAACCCAUGGAUUGCACACCCAUUCCCCGUUCACGACAAUGGCAUACGGUACACCCUGGCCCAAUCUCCCCGUGUCAAAUUACUCAAGCCUAAAUGGUGCAACCACGAGUACCUCGACCCUGCCGGUGUCCGUCCAGCAACAGCAGCAACAGCAACAGCAACAGCAGCCGUCUCAACAGCAGCCGUCUCCACCUCUUCAGAACCAGCAGCCUAUCCAACAGCAGCAGCAGUCCCAUCUGUCCACAUCGCAGCAGCUGAUGAUCGACCCGAUACUCACCAUGAACAAUGGCGUAUCGUCUCUCAACAUGUCUCCUUUCCCACAAUCACCUACAUAUUCCACGCAACAGCAACAAUCGCAAUCCCAGUUACAGCGGACAUUUUCGUAUAAUACACAGGCUAUGUUGUACCCGUUUUAUCGGCCGUCACCUCAAGCACCCCCCCAGGGGACAUUAUCGCCCCAAGCUUUGCAUUCACCUCCAAACUCAAUGAUGACAAUCCCGCCGAACUCGUUUUAUACGGCCAUCCAACCGUCUCCUGCCCAAUCACAGCCCGCAAACCCGUCACAGCCUAAUAUGGCAUCCAGUUCCCAAAACGUUGGGACGGCCGAAGCACCGUCUGCAAAACCCGGGCCGACGCCGGAGGAACUGGAGGCUCGGAAAGAGCAGUUUCUGGAGUCAAUCCGGCCGUUGCUCCAGUCUUCGGCAUUUACCGGUGCCCAGGCCGUUCAACAUCUGACUGACCGGAUUGUUGAUUUUGGUAUCGGUGAGGUCGAUGCGUCAACACGCCUCGACAUCCUUGCACGGAUAAGGGAUGGCGCUGGGAACCACUACUAUCGCGCGUGGUCCGAGAACGAGGUGGCUGUUGACCUCACAUAUCAUUGGAUGAAGGCGGCUGCGAAGGAUGGAAGCGGUGCACUGGUGGAAACAAUCAUGCCCCUGUUACAUCUUAUUGAUCGACUCCCGUUGACACUGGAUAUGCUGGCGAAGACUAACUUUGGCAAGAUUAUCAAGAAGUUGGGUAAGGAUGGACCAUCGCCUGCGAUCAAGGACAUGGCAUCGAAUCUCGAACGCAGAUGGCGUAGUAUGCUGGCGGCUGAAAAAGAUGAGGAUAACAAGGCUAAAAAGCGCAAGAUAAGUGACUCGACUGCGCCUGCAAAGUCGUCGGUUCCACCGAAGAAAGCAGCGCUAGGCAAUUCUACGUCGACGAAACCCGUCGUGGUGAAGAAGGAGGUGAAGCCCGCUCCGGCGCCCGUUAAGGAUGCUAAAGCGGACUCGUCGUUCUUCUCCGCACCCAAGGCGAAGGCAAAGCUGCCGUCGUUCAAGAAAGCGCCGGCGUCGGUGGUUGUGAAGAAGGAGGAAACAUCUACUCCCCUGCCGGGAUCGUUUGAUCCCUUUAAGGAGGUGCUGAAGUCGAUGAAGACCGCGCGGAAAGACUCUCCCGCAGCACCCACACCGCCGCCAACGUCUGUCACGCCCUCGGGUGACUCCCAAACGGGUCUUGCCAAAAAUGGUAAGAAGAAGAAGUCCGUGAUGUGGGCACCUGACGGCCAGCUGGAGGCGAUAAAGCUCAUCGAGAGAGCUGUAUAUGAUGACGAUCCCGUAGAUGGUACACAUGUGGCGCAUAGCCUUCGCGACUUGGAUAGAGGAGAGGGUGCCGCGCUACAUGCACAUAUGUUCGAAGAAGUGGUGGAUUGGUCAGAACCUAUGCUGGUCGAACUGCCUCCCGAUCCCGACCCACACCAGCGACGCCCGGAGAGAGGGUACGCCAGUCAAGAGAGGAGUGCUCAAGAAGAACGUGAGCAGACCGCGCUGUCAGCCAUCUACAUGUCUGCCAGCCAAAUUCCGGACUCACCAGCUGAGCCCGGAACGGUACUCACAGAAGAGGAAACGGACAAGGAUGUUCCGCAAAUUCAAGUGGGCAGUGAGUUGGAGGUGAUCUUCUGGGCUGAUCCCGUCCCGCCUGUCCCGCCUGCCUCUGUCGCCGACCUCGUCGGUCAGCUUGCGCUCGGCGCUGCCGGUGGCGCGAACAUGUUGAUGGACCACUCAAUGCCGCCCACGGAUAUCGACUCCCAAGCCGCACUAGCAGGAUUACAACCUGACCAACUCCAGCAGCUCCUGCAGCAGCUCUCCGCCAACACUGCCGCCGGUGUAGCUCAACCAACGGCUCCGCAGUAUGGACAGCAGCAAGCGCCCGCGCUCGGAGCUUACGGCACCGACGCAUGGGGCCAAGCGACGUCUACCCCGAGUCACUUCGGGGGCGACUACGGCACGGCACACGGUGGGUACUCUGACGGGCUGAACGACCCCGGCGAGCCGUCACAGGCUGGACGGUGGAGCGGCGGCACGCGCGGGACCGCGGGCAUGAAUGGGCUAGGACGGGCACGGGGUAGACCAUACAAUAGAAGAAAACAACCUUGCACAUUCUAUGCACAAGGAAGAUGCCGAUAUGGUGACCACUGUGACUAUGCGCAUGAUGGGCCGUAG